AAGGCUCCUUCCAGUUCACAAGUCUGAGAAGUCGCAUGAAGAAGUUCUUGCUUCAACAGUGAUUGAACGGAACUCAUCUGCCUUCGUCCCGCAUCAUAGAACAUUCUGGGUUGUUGACAUAGCACUUACUUGAACUGUAAUAGCAAAAUAGUCGAAGAAACUCUAUUUUUGUACCGUUCAUUUAGAUAUUAAAGAAAAUCUGCCGAAAUGGAGUCUCAGAUACGCCAGAACUAUCACCACGACUGCGAAGCUGCUAUCAACCGGAUGAUCAACUUGGAGAUGUUUGCCUCCUACACCUACACUUCAAUGGCUUUCUAUUUCUCCCGUGACGAUGUGGCUCUGCCUGGCUUCUCGCAUUUCUUCAAGGAGAACAGCAACGAGGAGCGGGAGCACGCCGACAAGCUACUCUCCUUCCAGAACAAGAGAGGUGGACGCAUUUUACUCCAGGACAUCAAGAAGCCAGAACGUGAUGAGUGGGGCAAUGGGCUGGAGGCCAUGCAGUGUGCUCUGCAGCUGGAGAAGAAUGUGAACCAGGCCCUGCUGGACCUGCACAAGAUUGCCUCUGACAAGGUUGACCCCCAUCUGUGUGACUUCCUGGAGACCCAUUACCUGAAUGAGCAGGUGGAGGCCAUUAAGAAGCUGGGUGACCACAUCACCAACCUCACCAAGAUGGAUGUUGUCAAAAACAAGAUGGCAGAGUACCUGUUUGACAAGCACACCCUGGGAGGCCAGAGCUAAACCAAUUCCAACACUGCUGUGACAUUGAUGUUUCUGUUCACAACACUACUGUAUUGGAGGCAAGGCUUCUUGUAAAACGAUAAAAAAAUAUCACAUAA